GCCCCUGCGAGAGGACGUUGCGUGCUCGCUCGCGCCAGGCGAGUCUCCGCGUCUCCCUCGCGAACUCGGUGAAAGGAAUUGGCGCCGUUCGACACCAGGCGGAUCCGCUCUGCAGCACGAACCCACCUCCAGCCGCAGCCGCAGCCGCCGCCCGGGCCGAGGAGCAGCCGCAGCCGCCGCCAGUGGCCGAGUGAGCGGAGCCGAGUUUGAGCCAGCGCCUAGCGGUGAAUCGGGGCCUCACCAUGAGUUCCUCGCCUGUUAAUGUGAAAAAGCUGAAGGUGUCGGAGCUGAAGGAGGAGCUCAAGAAGCGGCGCCUGUCCGACAAGGGCCUCAAGGCCGAGCUCAUGGAGCGUCUCCAGGCCGCGCUGGACGACGAGGAGGCCGGGGGCCGCCCCGCCAUGGAGCCCGGGAACGGCAGCCUAGACCUGGGCGGGGAUUCCGCCGGGCGCUCGGGAGCAGGCCUCGAGCAGGAGGCCGCGGCCGGCGGCGACGACGACGAGGAGGAAGAGGAGGAGGAGGAGGAAGGGAUCGCCGCCUUGGAUGGCGACCAGAUGGAGCUCGGGGAGGAGAACGGCGCCGCGGGGGCGGCCGACUCGGGCCCGAUGGAGGAGGAAGAGGCCGCCUCGGAGGACGAGAACGGCGACGACCAGGGCUUCCAGGAAGGGGAGGAUGAGCUCGGCGAAGAGGAGGAAGGCGCGGGCGACGAGAACGGGCACGGGGAGCAGCAGCCUCAACCGCCGGCGGCGCCGCAGCAACAACCCCAGCAGCAGCGCGGGGCCGCCAAGGAGGCCGCGGGGAAGAGCAGCGGCCCCACGUCGCUGUUCGCGGUGACGGUGGCGCCGCCCGGGGCGAGGCAGGGCCAGCAGCAGGCGGGAGGUAAGAAGAAGGCGGAAGGCGGCGGAGGCGGCGGUCGCCCCGGGGCUCCGGCGGCGGGAGACGGCAAAACAGAACAGAAAGGCGGAGAUAAAAAGAGAGGUGUUAAAAGACCUCGAGAAGAUCAUGGCCGUGGCUAUUUUGAGUACAUUGAAGAGAACAAGUAUAGCAGAGCCAAAUCUCCUCAGCCACCUGUUGAAGAAGAAGAUGAACACUUCGACGACACAGUGGUUUGUCUUGAUACUUAUAAUUGUGAUCUACAUUUUAAAAUAUCAAGAGAUCGCCUCAGUGCUUCUUCCCUUACCAUGGAGAGUUUCGCUUUUCUUUGGGCUGGAGGAAGGGCAUCUUAUGGUGUGUCAAAAGGCAAAGUCUGUUUUGAGAUGAAGGUUACAGAGAAGAUCCCAGUGAGGCAUUUAUAUACGAAAGAUAUUGAUAUACAUGAAGUUCGGAUUGGGUGGUCACUAACCACAAGUGGAAUGUUGCUCGGCGAAGAAGAAUUUUCUUAUGGGUAUUCUCUAAAAGGAAUAAAAACAUGCAACUGUGAGACUGAAGAUUAUGGAGAGAAGUUUGAUGAAAAUGAUGUGAUUACAUGUUUUGCUAACUUUGAAAGUGAUGAAGUAGAACUCUCUUAUGCAAAGAAUGGACAAGAUCUUGGCAUUGCCUUCAAAAUCAGUAAGGAAGUUCUUGCUGGACGACCACUCUUCCCACAUGUUCUGUGCCACAACUGUGCAGUUGAAUUUAAUUUUGGUCAGAAGGAAAAGCCAUAUUUUCCAAUACCUGAAGACUAUACUUUUAUCCAGAAUGUCCCCUUGGAGGAUCGAGUUAGAGGACCAAAGGGGCCUGAAGAGAAGAAAGAUUGUGAAGUGGUUAUGAUGAUUGGCUUGCCAGGAGCUGGAAAAACUACCUGGGUUACUAAACAUGCAGCAGAAAAUCCUGGUAAAUACAACAUUCUUGGAACAAACACCAUAAUGGAUAAAAUGAUGGUGGCAGGUUUUAAGAAGCAAAUGGCAGAUACUGGAAAACUGAACACGCUGUUGCAGAGAGCUCCACAGUGUCUUGGAAAGUUUAUUGAGAUUGCUGCCCGUAAGAAGCGAAAUUUCAUUUUGGAUCAGACAAAUGUGUCUGCUGCUGCCCAGAGGAGAAAAAUGUGCCUCUUUGCAGGCUUCCAACGAAAAGCUGUUGUAGUUUGCCCAAAAGAUGAAGACUAUAAGCAAAGAACACAGAAGAAAGCAGAAGUAGAGGGAAAAGACCUACCAGAACAUGCAGUUCUCAAAAUGAAAGGAAACUUUACUCUGCCAGAAGUAGCUGAGUGCUUUGAUGAAAUAACCUAUGUUGAACUUCAGAAGGAAGAAGCCCAGAAACUUUUGGAGCAAUAUAAAGAAGAAAGCAAAAAGGCUCUCCCACCGGAAAAGAAACAGAACACAGGCUCAAAGAAGAGCAAUAAAAAUAAGAGCGGCAAGAACCAGUUUAACAGAGGCGGUGGCCAUAGAGGACGUGGUGGAUUCAAUAUGCGCGGUGGAAAUUUCAGAGGAGGAGCUCCUGGGAAUCGUGGUGGAUAUAACAGGAGGGGCAGUAUGCCACAGAGAGGAGGUGGCGGUGGUGGCAGCGGUGGCAUUGGCUAUCCGUACCCUCGCGGCCCUGUCUUUCCCAGCCGCGGCGGCUACUCAAACAGAGGGAACUACAACAGAGGGGGAAUGCCUAACAGAGGGAACUACAACCAGAACUUCAGAGGACGAGGAAACAAUCGUGGCUACAAAAAUCAAUCUCAGGGCUACAACCAGUGGCAGCAGGGUCAAUUCUGGGGUCAGAAGCCAUGGAGUCAGCAUUAUCACCAAGGAUAUUAUUGAAUACCCAAAUAAAACGAACUGAUACAUAUUUCUCCAAAACCUUCACAAGAAGUCGACUGUUUUCUUUAGUAGGCUAACUUUUUAAACAUUCCACAAGAGGAAGUGCCUGCGGGUUCCUUUUUUAGAAGCUUUGUGGGUUGAUUUUUUUUUCUUUUCUUUUUUGUACAUUUUUAAUUGCAGUUUUAAAGUGAAUCGUAAGAGAACCUCAGCAUUGUGCACGAUAAGAGAAUGUGUCAGUAUUUCAGGGUUCUACAUUUUAUCUGUAAAAUGUGACUUUUUUUUUUAUCACAACAAAAGUAAAAUGUUGCUUUGUACCUGGUGUCUUUUAUUAAGAAUUUACUCCCCCCCAUUUCUCACAGAGAUAACAGUCGGGAGUCAUUGUCACAAUAUAAUAGAAAUGUUAGCAACCAGAUUCAUGUAAGGACUUAGUGGUCCUCAUGAAUUGCAUAAGACUCUGUACUGCUCAUAUUACACUCCAUCCUCUCUGUAGUUUGCUGAGUAGUGGAGGGGUAAGCUAAAUAGUAGUUUUUGACGGUAACUGGGAAGGCUCUUUCUUUUUAAGUAACGAUGGAAUUGGCAUAUUUGGGAAUGAAGAUAAAAUUUGGAACGAAGAUAGAGAAGAUGGAGUGUAUGUAGAAGGGCUGUUAAAAAAUGUAAAACUUGGUUGCAUUAUUUGUGGAGGCUCAAACUUGUGAAGGUUUAAGUACCAUAAUUUUUCCAUUUGUUCUGCAUUUUGAUUCUGAAAAGAAAGCUGGCUUUGCCCAUUUCUUAUUAAAAAAACUUGUUGUAAAUCCAGUUGUCUAAUGGGAUCUAUAUGAAGUUAGCUAUGUCUGUAUGCCCUUCUCCCACAAAAUACUGUAUAACUAGUGUGCUUGUAGUAGUUAACUCCACCAUCUUUGUAAGCUAAUGAAAUUGUGAGUCACCCAUUUAUAUCUUAAUUUUUAAUCAUGUCAGUUCUUGAAUGGGUAUCUCCUUAGCCUGCUGAUUUCUUUUUCUUUCUAAAGAAAGUGGGUGGAGAAAUUAAUUUAGACGUUUGUUUGCAAUAAAAAGAAUUCAUUUUA